AUGUUUCUUUACCAACUACUCAACAUUUUCUACGUAGCUUCCCAAAAGGAGGAGGAAUCUAAAAAUGAUUCGUCCCGUUACAAGCGUGGUGAUUUACUGGAAGUCCCCAGGACAUUAUUUACACAUUUUGGUAUCUACUUGGGUGACAAUCGUGUGGCUCAUCUCAUCCCGGAUAUCCUUCCUGUGUUUACCAAGAAUACAUCUGCAAUUUCAACGAUUGUAUCAAAUAACCGCUUGGUGUUGGGAGUCAUCGCUAAGGUUGCCAGCGUCAGAGUGGACUCCUUGGCUGAUUUUGCGUACGGUUCGGAGAUCCUGGUCAACCACAUGGACAAGGUGUGCAGCCAGCCUCCUUUGGACGGGGACGAGAUAGUGAGAAGGGCAGAGAAACUCCUGGGCAAGGUCAACUACAGCCUACUGUGGUACAACUGUGAACACUACGUCAUGUACUGCAGAUACGGCAUGUCCAUCAGCUACCAGACAUACCAGUUCUGCACAGCAGUACGGAAGAUUGUUUGCAGCAGGAAGAGCUCCUAUCUGACUGCAUUGUGUGGUGUAGCAGUCCCGCUGUAUCUGGGCUGUGUGACGCUGCUCACGGUUUUACCCACGCUGCUCGUCUCCUUCACCAUUUGGAUGGCAGCCUGA